AUGAAUCUAUUCAAUCUCUGGAUCCUGCUGCAGGUCUGCUAUAUUAUCGAAUCCGGCCGGCAGGGCGAAUGCUUCUGGCUAGACCAUCGCGGGGAUUUGAAGCACAAGCAAGAUCUGAAGGAGGAUUACAUUGGUAACACUGUUAAAGAAAUGAAAUACCGCAAAAAGACAUAUUCCAAGUGGCUGUGGGCCUCUGAGGUCCUGCCAGAGGCUGGGAUCCCACAAGGGGACGAUCUGACUGAUGGAAUGCGGGAGAAUGAGGUGGAUGAAUGUAAGGUCCCGCUGGGAGUCAAAUUCCAUGCACCUCAAUUCUCAGCUGAGAACUAUGGAGACGACUUGAACGGCCUUACGGUCUCCGACUUUGUCAACAACCCGGCCAGGAUAAAUUGGAUUACGGAACGUUCGCGAAAGAGGGUGCGGGGUGGAAAUCCACUUCUUCCAAUUUUGCACCCUCGUGCCAAUCUCUCUGAUGCAAACCCCCAGGUCAUCUGGGACGACGUGAAUAAACAGGAUAUUCCCGUUGAUUGCAUGACCGACGAUUACUACGAUGAGAAUGACAACCUUGUCGAACCGGGGAAUGACGAUCGAUGCGUCUUCAUGCACAUCGAGGCGUUCCAGGACCAGAUUCAACGAUGUCGCGACAAAGACUUUAUCGACAAGAACGUUCCUUCAGAUUUUUCUAAGAGGUCCAUCGGCGACGGCCCCGUUGCUAAUCAACCCCCACCGUCCUUACGUGAACGGCACGCACGAACUCUUGUCAACGACAAGAACCGACUCGGCGGCGGCAGCAGCACAAAGCAACUCUGCGAGAACCCUCACUCGCUUGGCCCCAGCUACGCAAACCACAAGGAGCGCUAUUUCUGUCGCAUGACCGACAAGACGCUGUGGCCCUUCUGCGACAGCAAGGCUGGGGUCUUGCACGACUGUUUCGACGCUGAGGCGGAGAUCCUUUUGGAGAAGAACAAGCCUCUAGGCAAGCGGGCGCACCACUGGGAUAUCAUUGAGGACUGGCAAUCUGGUCAGAGGGUCAAGAGGGCUGCUUAA